AUGUCGGAAGUGAGCAACAGCAGUACUGCUCUUCCUUCUUCUACGAUACAAGGAGUAUUGAAUACUUCACGAUCGGCAUCAGCAUCAACAUCGACCACAACCACUACAGCAACAACAUCGUACCAGACGAGUAGUUCUUGUCCAACCGUACAUCCACAAGUGUUGCAACAGGAUCGGAUCACAUCGGAAGGAGGAGAAGAGGACUCGAUUGGAAGUCAGGCUCAUCAGUUACGGAGAGGAAGCCCACCAACACGAAAUUUAAAAACACAAGGAGAUGUUGAUUCUAUUAGAAAUUUACAAAAUAGAAGAACAAGUACUAGCACGAACGAAUUGUCAACUUUGAAACAAUAUGGAAAAAGUAGAUCUAGUAAUGAUCCGAGCAAGUUAUUGGGAACAAGGGACACUAGAAAAUCAAAAAUUCCUCUCCCUAUUAAUUUUAAAGAAGUGGAUAGAAAAUGGAAAUGUGUCGAGGACAAGCAUGCCACAAUUUCAAGGACCUAUGAAGUUGAAGGAGUUUCAACAACGCUUCAAGCUCUACAACAACAGUUCGAUUGGAGUGACACUGAAAAAUCACAUGCUCCAAUACCCUUAAAAACAAGACAUAGGUUUUGGAAAGAUUUGAGCCACCUGGACGACUGCAAUACGCGAUUUGUUUUGAUCGAAAAGAAUUUAGUUCGAGCCGAAAAACACAAGAAAGAUUUACGAAAAGAGGAAGAACAACAGAUUGCCGUUGGCUAUCGUUUUAGAAUGUUUGGAAAGGUAAAAGUACCUUCGCGUGUUCCUUCCAUGAGUAUAGAGAACUUACCUUCGGUUACAUCUCAAAACAAUUUACUUCAGGUAUCCCCUAACGGUAUGCUGAAAAGAAAGCCCUCAGAACGGGUUUUCAAAGCAAUAGAAGAGGCACCAAAAACAGAAGUAAUUGUGGACAUGCCAUUUGAUUUAUCUUUAAGCGAUUAUUUAAAAUUUGUACGAGAAAAACAGCCUCCGGAUGUGACAUCUCAAACAGAUGGUCCCGUCUCUCCGUCACCCAGAUUAACUUCCACUUCCAACAAUAUUUUCCUUAAUGAUACUACACCUAGAGGGGGAUCUCUUCUUACGAAACGAAAAACCGAAAACAAAUCAAAGGAAAUGAAAGAAGAAUAUACAAAAAAUCCUAACUUAUUCGAGAUGUUGCUUACUCUUGACAAAAAAACAAGAGAUCAAAUAGAUAGAGACCUUUUAAGAAAACAAAAAGAUUUGCCAAUGAAGAAACAAAGAUCUUCGUCGAUUUCUGAUAACAUAAUAUGCAACAUACCAUCUGUAUAUCAAAGUUUAUCAAAUUUUGGAAAGAUGAUACCAAAAGAUGCUUCCCUAAAUGAGUCUAUUCAAGUCUCAACUCCAGACGAGGAAGUCAUGAAAAGAAAAAGAUUGUCGAUUCGUAACAUGUCAAAGAAAUCAAUUUUACCAUCGAGGGGAAUUGAUCCUUCCAAUCCCUUGUUUUAUGUUUUCAGAGUAGGUUUAUUGAAUGAUGUAAUUCCGAGAUAA